AUGAAAUUUGAUUUUAAACUUUCCAAUCUACUUGGAUCUGUUUAUCGCAAUGGAAACCUUGUUUUUACGUUAGAUAAUCGAUUAUUUAGUCCAGUAGGUAAUCGAGUGACACAAUUUGAUUUGGAGCGUAAUACAUCUGUGACAUUUCCUUUUGAAAAUGCGAAAAAUAUUCGCUGUAUUGCGGUAUCUCCAGCAUCUACUUUGUUGCUAUCUAUUGAUGAAGAUGGUAGAGCAAUACUUGUAAAUAUUAUUAGAAGGACAGUUUUGUAUCACUUUAAUUUUGGAGAAUCAGUUCAAGAUGUUCAGUUUUCUCCAUGUGGGAAAUAUUUUGCAGUUGCUCUUGGACAGCGUGUUGAAGUUUGGAGAUCACCUCAGCCUACUGAUGAACUUCAGUUUUCUCCAUUUACAAAACAUAGAGUCUAUACAGGCCAUCAUGAUACAAUAAAAACAAUCAUAUGGUCUCUGGAUUCACGAUUUUUUUUAACAUCGUCCAAAGAUAUUACAGCAAGGAUGUAUUCUCUAGAUCCAAUUGAAAAUUUUACACCUAUGACUUUUUCUGGUCAUCGAGAACCUCUAGUUGGUGCAUUUUUCUUUUCAACAGAGAAAACAAUAUAUACAGCGAGUAAAGAUGGUGCACUUUUUCAUUGGGAAGACUCAGGUCUUUCAGAAGAAUCUCUAUUUAUGAAAAAUAAAGAUUUAAAUAAAGAUUUUGUAUAUAAAUGGAGCAUUAAGAAAAAGCACUAUUUUAACCAGAGAAAUGCAAAAAUGUCAUGUAUUGCUUUUCAUCAUAAUUCUAAUAUACUAGUUGCAGGAUUUACAUCAGGAAUUUUUGCACUUUAUGAGCUUCCUGAAUUUAAUAUGAUACAUACACUUAGUAUUUCACAAAAUGCUAUUGAUUUUGUUUCUAUCAAUAAAACCGGUGAAUGGAUUGCUUUUGGUGCGGGAAAACUUGGUCAAUUACUAGUCUGGGAAUGGCAAUCUGAGUCUUAUAUUCUUAAACAGCAAGGCCAUUUUGAUAUGAUUACUGGAGUUACAUAUACUCCGGACUCACAAAAUGUUGUUACAUGUUCUGAUGAUGGAAAAAUUAAGUUGUGGGAUAUACGCUCUGGUUUUUGUCUAGUUACUUUCUCAGAACAUACAUCAGCAGUUACUGACAUUGAUUUUUCUAAAUACGGAAAUGUUCUUUUUUCAUCGAGUUUAGAUGGUUCAGUAAGAGCCUGGGAUUUAACUCGUUAUAGAAAUUUUCGUAUUUUUGUUUCGCCUAUACCUAUGGAGUUUUCGUGUUUAGCAGUUGAGCCUAGUGGGGAAGUUGUAUGUGCUGGAUCCAUUUCUUCUUUUGACAUACAUAUAUGGUCUGUUCAAACGGGUCAACUUAUUGAUCGUCUUUCAGGCCAUGAAGGACCAGUAUCUAGCUUAUCUUUUUCAAACACAGGUGAUUUUUUAGUUAGUGGAAGUUGGGAUAAAACUGUUAAAACUUGGGAAAUAUUUAGCCGUAAUCAAUCCGUUGAAUCAUUUCAAUUGCAAUCUGAUGUUUUGGAUGUUGUAUUUCAUCCUGACGGGAAAUAUAUUUGUGUUUCUACUCUAGAUGGGCAAUUAACAUUUUGGGAUAUCACUUCAGGAAAUCAAAUUAAUUUUAUCGAUGGUAAAAAAGAUAUCUCAGGUGGUCGGAAUGUUGGUGAUCCGUUUACUGCAGAAAAGUCUGCUAAAAGUAAAUCAUUUAGCACCAUUUGUUAUUCUCCUGAUGGGUAUACGAUUCUUGCGGGGGGCAAUAGUAAAUAUAUUUGUAUAUAUGAUGUUGAAAGCUCUGUUCUUAUUAAAAAGAUUCAAAUAUCAAAAAAUUUGUCUUUAGAUGGUACUCAGGAAUUUCUUAAUAGCAAAAAUGUUACUGAGGCAGGUCCUCUUGAACUUAUUGAUCAAAGCGAUACUUCCGAUUUAGAAAAUAAAGUAGAUCAUUCAUUACCAGGAGCUAGAAGAGGUGAUUUAUCUGUUCGAAAAUUAAGGCCUGAAAUUAGAACUCAUGCAUUAAAAUUUUCAUUUAAUGGUAGAUCUUUUGCUGUUGCAUCUACUGAAGGAUUGUUAAUAUAUUCAUUGGAUGAUUUGCAUAUUUUCGAUCCAUAUCAAUUAGAUAUAGAAAUAACUCCUCAAACUAUUAGAACCGUUUUAUUAAAAGAUAAAGAUUAUCUUAAAGCAUUCAUAAUGGCAUUCAGACUAAAUGAACAAUAUAUUAUUCAUGAAGUUUAUGAAUCUAUACCAUUUAAUAAUAUAAAACUGAUUUCACGAGAAUUACCUAUAGUAUAUUUAGAAAAAUUAUUGAAAUUUAUAGCUUUAAUUGCUGAAAGUUCUCCACAUAUCGAGUUUCAUUUAUUUUGGAUUGAGGCACUUUUUACUUAUCAUGGAAAAUAUAUAAAAUCUCAUAAUCAAGAUUUUAUAAAAGAAAUAAGAGGAAUUCAGAAGUAUCUUGUUUAUAUCCAGCAGGAUAUUAUUAAAGUAUCAGAUGAAAAUGAAUACUUUGUCGAAUAUAUUUUAAAUAGAAAAAAACAUAAAUAAUCUAAUCAAAUUAGUUUUAUAAAGAGAAAAACUAUU